AUGAUCGACUGGAAGGGCCAGCAUCCCAGUGACGAACAACCUCAACAAGAAGAAAUACCGACUGAAAGUCAGGAUACUAUUUGGUCAAGAGAGAAGAUGGUUCAAGGGCCUGGCCUGGAAGCAGAUCAACAGAAACUGGCUCAGGCAAAGACUAGGGAUGUGUGUGUAGAUGGUCCUGAGGACAAGGGGAAGAUUCUACCAAACGCCAGAAACAGGUGA